GCUCGCGGUGUGUUUUCAGUCAGGCGGAGAGGGCGCCUAAAAGAGGUCCUUUUUCCUGGUGACGUGUAUGCUUGAUAGCGAUAUGUGAAACUAAACGAAACGGAGGAAAUAAAACAUUGCAUAACUUUCCUUUAAAGCCUUUUUACGGUGUUUUUAGUGGCCUCCUUAACCGUCACUGAAGAUGGAGACGCUUUACCAUCAGACCAAUAAACAAAUUCAGGAGGUUCAGUCUCACAUGGGACGACUGGAGACAACAGACCGACAGUCAGUCCACUUACUUGAAAAUGAACUUCAAGCAAGAAUUGAUCAAAUCUUUAAUCAGCUGGAGCGACUUGAGAUGCUAGCCAGUAAAGAGCCGCCAAACCGCCGGCAAAAUGCCAAACUGCGUGUUGAUCAGUUGAAGUAUGAUGUGCAGCAUCUCCAGACAGCCCUGAGGAACUUCCAGCACAGACGUUACGCUCGCGAGGCUCAGGAGAGAGAAAGAGAGGAGCUGAUGAGCCGAAGCUUCACAACAAACGAUGCAGACACCUCCAUCCCUAUUGAUGAAACCCUGCAGUUUAGUAGCAGUCUACAAAACGCUCACAGAGGAAUGGACGACCUGCUGGGCUCUGGCUCCAGCAUCCUUAACGGCCUGAGAGACCAGAGGAGCACGCUUAAGGGUACCCAUAAAAAGAUGUUGGAUGUCGCAAACAUGUUGGGUUUGUCGAACACAGUCAUGCGUUUGAUUGAGAAGCGAGCAUCGCAGGACAAGUUCAUCAUGAUGGCUGGAAUGCUGGCUACUUGCUUUGUCAUGUUCCUGGUUGUGAAAUACCUUAGCUGAACUCUCCCAGCUUUAGCCGACCCUGCUGCUCGUUCGCGUCAGUGGUUCAUUCCGAUUUUCAUGCCACAUGCAUCACAUCUAUGAAAAAUGCACAGGUGUGCUGAAAGAAAAUCACAGAACUGCCUCUUUGCAGGAUGACUGCCACUCUCAACAUCACUAAUCUUUUGUGUCUCUAGUCUUUCUUCUUCAACUGUAUUUUUAAAGACAUUGAAUCCUUUCGUAACUUUCCUCUGUUGAUUCUGAAAUAAGCAGUAAAUUUGUGUGACUGCUCUUUAUUUUGGAGUCUAGACUGAACUAAAAUUCUCUAAAAUUAAAUUUAUUCUCACGGUAUUCUAGAAGUAUUAGAGCAAAUAAUAAUUAAAGACAUUUAGAUUUAAAAUGCGUAACGGUUAGUGAAUCGGUCUGUUAUCUGGCUCUUCAUUGCCACCUUCUGGAUAACAAACCAAAAAUGUUUGGUUACUCAGUGCUUCGUUUGUACUUGUAUUGUUCAUAACGCUUCUAACCUGUAAAUACAAAUUUGUGUGCAAUAAACUCAAGUAGCAUCCAGCUGCCCUGAAAUGUAAAA